GAGGAGCUAAUAUAACAGGUUUUAGCACAUUUUGUGUUUAAAUGGCCAGGAAAAUAAAAGAUGAGGGGCACAUGUGAGCCUCGCUCGUGACUUUAGGGGCAAAAAUGCAUCUUUUCCGUUUGCCAGACCAGUAAUGCUAAAGUUCAAAAGUACAGCUCAUUAUUCUGUGUACAUGUGAAUGAAAAAAGCAAAGAAAAAAAAAAAAAGAAACUAUCCGUUGGAGCCGACGUAAAAUCUUGAACGUUAAGCCUACCGUUGAGUGAGUCCCACUUCCUCUCUGGACACACCAUGUGAAUAUUUAUAUUUAUGGAGUCUCUGCCUCGGGCCAUCCCAGUAGUGUACACUGCAUUUGCAUAAACACAUAUCUUUCUCUCUCUCUCUCUCUCUCUCUCUCUCUCUCUCUCUGUGAAAUCGAAAGGAAACGAAGAAGAAGAAAAGGAAGAUGGGUAUGGUGGUGGUGAUCUCUCUGCCAUUGAUAAUAUUCAGUAUAGUGCUUGGUUUUGGUUGUUAUUUCUUAGGAAGAGCAAGAGGCAGACAAGAUGUCCGUACAAAUGCUCAAGUUUAUGGAGUACCCACUCCACCUCCAGGCACUGUGACUAAUACUUCUACAUAUGCCUCUUCUUACCCAUCAUCUCCUCCACCAGUAUUUCAUACCAAGCCUGACAAUUUUGCCAAUAUUUAGACACUCGGACCUCUUACACAUUAUUAUAUGUUUUUAGUGUGAUUCUUUUGUAUGCUCCUUUCAAUAUUUUCUUUGAUUUUUAUUUUUAAAUUUUUACUUCUUUUGAUGGAUUUUAAAUUAGAGCAGGCCAAUUAAGCUAAUUGUAGGCUGCUCUUUGUAUAUUGGGUUAUUGUCAUAUGAAUUAACGAAAGAGAUGGAGUUUUCUAA